CUGGGUUGGGUGCAUUUGAGGAGUUGUGGUCAAAGAGUGAGUCGAACAAGAACAAAUUCUCAUUGAUUGCUUCCUCUGUCAAACCUGUCAUAGGCUGCAGCAGCUUCAAUUCUUCCCUUUGGUUUAUUGGAAGAAGCCCGAAACCCAAAGCCGGAAAGGGAUGGUGUAGAAGUCAUCUCUCUCUCUAUAUAUUAUAAACACGGAGAUGGGGAAUUUGUUCGUGAAGAAACCCAAGAUCACCGAUGUCGAUCGAGCUAUUCUCUCUCUCAAGACCCAGAGACGCAAGCUCGGUCAAUACCAACAACAGCUUGAAGCUGUAAUUGAAGCAGAAAAGCAGGCUGCAAGGGACUUGAUUCGUGAUAAGAAAAAGGAAAGAGCCUUAUUAGCAUUGAAGAAGAAAAAGGCACAAGAAGAAUUAUUGAAGCAAGUAGAUACCUGGGUUAUUAAUGUUGAGCAACAAUUGCAAGAUAUUGAACUAUCAAGCAAGCAGAAAGCUGUAUUUGAGAGUUUGAAGGCCGGUAAUAAUGCAAUUAAAGCUAUACAAAGUGAGAUCAACCUUGAGGAUGUUCAAAAGCUAAUGGAUGAUACUGAGGAAGCUAAAGUUUACCAAGAUGAAAUUAGUGCAAUUUUGGGGGAGAAAUUAUCAACCGAAGAUGAAGAGGAAAUUUUAGCAGAAUUUGACAACUUGGAAGCUCAGAUCACUGUUCAAGACCUUCCUGAAGCUCCUGCUUCGGUGCCGGGUCAUCAAGAUGAGAAGUUGGACCUUCCCGAUGUACCAACCAAAGUACCAGUUGCACCUGAUGUGGUCGCAGAUGAUGCAAAAGAUUCAGCUAAGAGUAAAGUUAUGGAGGAACCGGUGUUGGCUUGAUUUGUAUAUAACAGUUGAAUUAGCUCGCCACUUCUGAAACUAUUCACAAACUUGAAUUUGAUCAUCCCUUCUGCAACCAUGCAUGAUAUUGGUCAAAAUCUUUGAUUUGGAUAACUUUGAUUGCGUGUACCUUUACUAUGGGACUUGGGUCAUACAGAUUUGUAUUGCUCCAACCUUCAUGAUUUGUUUCUAAAAGUCUUAGUGAUCUUACUGUGGAACUCCUCGUGUGAUCUUACUGUGGAACUCCUCUUGUGAUCAACCUCAACUCAUAUGUUUGCCUUUGUCAACAAUGAAAAAGGAGGGGCACAGUUCAUUGAUUUCACGAUUCAAAUGGUAAUUGUCACUUGCUUGAGAGAUGCAAAUGUAUCACACACUAUUGUAAUGAAAAGAAUGUCAUUUGUCAA